AACAGGAUGGUGGCUCUAAUUUGAGGAUCUUUCAGGAGUGUUUACUGUGUAGAAAGCAGCAACACCAGCUCAGGAUGGGACCAAUGCCACAGCUCUCCCAGGGACCAUAUGUAGCUGUUCCCAUGGUUCCCAUGGACGACACUGAUGGAAAGAGGAAUAAUGAAACUAAUGCACUUGUCAGAGCAGUUAAUCUAAAAGUUUAUCAGCUGUGUCAGAAAUUAAUAGAAGAUGGUGAAGAUGUUAAAUACAUAAAUGAAAAAGAUGGGUCAACACUGCUUCAUAUUUUGGCUGAGAAAUACUCCAAAAGAGAAACCAGAGCUCAGAAUAUACCUUCUCUCCUACUACAGCAUGGAGCAGAUGUAAAUGCUAUGAACAAGAAAAGAGAAACCCCUCUCCAUAUUGCAGCAAGAGAGGGUCUUACUGACUUUUGUGCCGUCUUGUUGGAACAUCAAGCUAAAGUAGACAUAAAAAAUAUGAACCAAAUGACGCCUUUACAUUUCGCUGCUCAAAAAGGGGAACUUGACACUUUGAAUUUACUGAUACAAAAAGGAGCUAAUCCCAAUAUUAAAGACAACCAAAAAUACCUUCCACUUCACUAUGCUGCUGAAUGUGGUUAUCAUGAGUGUUGCAAGGUGCUUGCUUCUUUUUACUCUGUUGGUAGAACUCAAGACAGGCAAGAUAUUCCACCUGUUAUGUUGGCAGCAAGGAAAGGUCAUUAUCGAUGCUAUAAAGAAAUGGUUGAUGCUAAAGCCAACAUGAAUCUCGACUACAAAGAUGGUGUAGGCAAUACAGCACUUCACAUAACAGCAAAGUUAGGAUUUGAAAAGUUUGUUGACUUACUCCUUGAAACAGGUGCUCCUCCAGACAUACAAAACAAUGUUGGGAACACACCAGUAAUGGAAGCUGUCAUAAAAAAUAAAGUAAAUUGUGUAAAGGAACUGAUAGAGAAUGGAGCUGUAGUUAGUAUCAAGAAUAAUGCUAAACGCAGUGUUCUUCAUUUGGCUGUUGCAAAAAAGGCAGAUGAAUGCAUGGAAUACUUGCUAACUAUUGACAGAGUAAAGGACAUAUUAAAUGAAAAAGAUAAUGAUGGCUUUACAGCUCUUUUCAUUGCAGUAAAGAAACACAGUGAAAACUGUGCAGUUUUACUUUUGAAUGCUGGUGCAUCACCUUCAGUUAAAUCCCAACACAAGUUAUGUCUUCUCCAUCUUGCUGCAGAGAAUUCUAAACCAAUAUUUCUAGAAAAGCUUCUAGCAAUGCGUGUGUUUGAUGUAAAUGUCACCAACAAAGAUAAUGAGACUCCCUUACAUAUGGCAGCCCGUGCAGGUUCCAGGGAGGCAUGCCAAAUGCUUUUCUGGAAGGGUGCUCAAGUAAAUGCUGUAGACAAAAAUGGUAAGACAGCCUUGCACAUAGGUGCUUAUCAUGGCCACUCUAGCAUAAUCAGGCUACUCAUAAAGAAUGGUGCAAAUAAACGUGCUAAAGAUGAUAGCAAUUCUACAGCCUUACACGCUGCUGCAGCUAAGGGAAAUACAGAGUGUUGUGAAAUACUGACUGAUGCUGAUAAGUCACUCUAUAAAGAACAAGACAGGAGUAAAAAAUAUGCUCUAGAUAUUGCUUUUCUUAAGGGCCAUUAUGAGGUCUUUAAGCUUCUGCUACAAAAAUUGCCGUAUAGAAAUAUCGACAAAAUGCCACAAGAUCUGCAAGAGCAUCUCCACUCCUACACACAUAAAGCACUCAAAGAUAGAAAAAAGACAGGUGUGGAAGCCAUUGUGGAGAGUCAGUGGUGGGCAGCAGGAUUUGGUGGCACCAAAAAGCAUGAAGGAGUUCCAUGUCCUAACUUCAGAGAUCUUAUAAAACUUUACCCAUUCCUUGCUUUGAAAGUGAUGGAUAAUUGUACUUCAGCAUCUGACACCACAACCAGUUCAACCUACUAUGAUUUCAGAAUAUUUGAGGAUAAUUAUUGCAUCACUGAAGGUAAUACUAUUUAUAAAUCUUUAUUUACUUGUCUGCACUAUACACUAAUAAAACAAAUACAGUGUACAAUUAAUAGGAACUGGAAGCAUAUAACAGACAAAUACAAUAUGUCAGAAGAAAUGUUCUGUGAUGCAGUUCUGAAGUCUCCCACAGUUUUGUCAAAGGUCAAGGCGGCAAACACAGAGGACACCAUUGAAUCUCUGACUAUAAGAUCAACAAAUGAAGCUUCUGAGUGGAAUCCAACUCCAUCUCGUAUAAGUCAUAGCUUCCUGCUUUUUUCACUGGUCCUACAAGUCUUCCUGGAGAUAAACAGUGCAAUGAAGCUAAAGUGGCAUUAUCUUCAUAGCAAUUUAAUUUUUGUACGACUCCCGUGCAUAGUGUUAACAGCCAUGUUGCUCAUCCCAACCUCCUCCUGUGAUUUCAUGCUUGGCAUCAAAAUGGUACCAAUUUGGCAGUGUGGUAUACUGGCUCUUCUUAUGGCAUGGAUUCAACUCAUUCAAAUCAUCAAUAAAUUGCCACAGUGUUCAGUUUUCACAAUCAGUACGUGGGAUUUCAUAAAAUGUUACCUCAAAGGUUUGAUGUACAUUGGAAUGGUGAUAUUACUCUUUGCCCUGAUCUUUCAUUUGCUCUUACAAGAUAAUAGUGCCUUUAAAUCGAUUCCACAAUCAUUUAUGAAGACUGUAGUCUGGAUGUUGGGCGACCUUGGAUAUAAUGAUACCUUUAUCCAGGAACCACUUUCUUAUCCAGUCCUUGUCAAUGUACUCUUCUUUGUGUUUAUCUGCACAAUUUGGGCUUUCAUUGUUACAUUAGUAAAAGCUCCAUCAUCAAAUGAAAAGGAAGUUGAAUUGUUUAAAAAAGCUGCACUAGCAAAUUAUCUUCUAAAUCUUGACGUUUGCUUUCCAUGGUUUAAAAGAAAACAUGCUGUGGGAAUGUAUAAUGUUAGUAAUAGGAAGCCUAAGGAAUCAUUGGUAGUGAGCAAAUUAUCACAACAUAUUGAUAAAGUUACUUUAAUGAAUACCAGUACUUAUAAAUUCAAGCAAGACAAUACCAAACACUGGAUUGUAUCAAAGACAGAAAAGUUAUUUAGAUUUUUCAGUAAUUAUUCUAAUGAAGGUGCAAAUAUUGCAUUGCCUGAUCUCCAACAAGAGCAUUUACAGGCACAAACUGAAAAGCUUGACCAAUUGCUUGCUCUUUGUAAUCAGUUAAAUGAAAAUUACCGUAAGCAAAAUGAGCAGAUACUAGAGAUGAAACAACAGUUAGAUAAUAUGAAGCAAAGAUCAAGAUACAGCACGAGCCCACUAAGUUUUCCUUAACAUACAAUACAGUGGGUGGGUUGUGGACAAAAAACAAA